AUGAGGCUGUUGGUGUUGGCGGUGGUGGCGGCGGCACUGGGCACGGUGGCCGGGCAGGUCCCCGCCUUGCCGCCCAUCUCUGAUAAGGCUUUCAUCGGGGAGUGCGUGCGCACACACAACGUGUACCGCAGGAAUGUGGAGCCCACCGCCAGCAACAUGCGGUACAUGACUUGGGAUGCAGCUUUGGCAAGGACUGCCAGGGCAUGGGCAAAUAAAUGCAUUUUUGAUCAUAACAUGCAUUUAAACGUGAGAUAUCAUGGCCAUCCUCAUUUUAUGAGUGUUGGAGAGAAUAUAUGGAUUGGAAGUCAUCAAAUAUUUCAUGUUAAAUAUGCCAUUAAAGCGUGGCAUGAUGAAGUCAGAAACUACAAUUACUCAUUGCAGAAAUGCAGUAAAGUCUGCAGUCAUUACACUCAGAUCGUUUGGGAUGACACAUAUAAACUAGGCUGUGCUGUUGCUUUCUGUAAAGAAGUUGGAGGAAUAAGAAACGCAGCAAAUUUUGUUUGCAACUAUGCACCACCUGGUAAUUUUCGAAGAAGACCAUAUAAAGAAGGAGCACCAUGCAGUAAAUGUGCCAGGAGGGACUUCUGUGAUAGGAAACUGUGUAGAAAUGAAGAACGUGAUAAAAUUGUUUAUUACUCACGAUGGUAUCCACCUUGGGAGUUCAGAAUUAUAUGUGAUGAAGCUUGUAUUGCUGUUAUAAUUUCGAGAACAUUGCUGAUAUUUGUUGGUUUUCUAACUAUUUAUUUGUUCAGAAAGCACUUUACAAACAUGUUUGUGUUCACAUAA